GCCGCCAUGGCCAGCGAAGAGCUGGCGCGGAAGCUGCAGCGCAGGCUGCGACGCGCCGAGGCGGAGGAGCCCCAGCCCGCGCCCCACACCGCGCCCGCACCGCCCGAGUCCGCGCCCCUCGCCGCGCCUGCACCGCCCGAGCCGCCCGCCCGAGUGCCCGCAGCCAGCGCUGAUGCGGAGCUGAGCGCGCAGCUGAGCCGGCGGCUGGACAUCCACGAAGGCGCCGCGCGGCCCCGCCGCUGCAGGGUCUUCAACCCUUACACCGAGUUCCCGGAGUUCAGCCGCCGCCUCAUCAAGGACUUGGAGAGCAUGUUCAAGCGGUAUGAUGCCGGGCGGGACGGCUACAUUGACCUGAUGGAGCUGAAGCUGAUGAUGGAGAAGCUGGGGGCCCCCCAGACCCACCUGGGCCUGAAGGGCAUGAUCAAAGAGGUGGACGAGGACUUUGAUGGCAAGCUUAGCUUCCGUGAGUUCCUGCUCAUUUUCCACAAGGCUGCAGCAGGGGAGCUGCAGGAAGACAGUGGGCUGAUGGCACUGGCAAAACUCUCCGAGAUUGAUGUUGCCCUCGAGGGUGUCAAAGGUGCCAAGGACUUCUUUGAAGCCAAGGUUCAAGCCUUGUCAUCUGCCAGUAAGUUCGAAGCCGAGUUAAAGGCUGAGCAAGAGGAGCGGAAACAGAAGGAGGAGGAGAGGAGACUCCGCCGGGCAGCAUUCCGGGAACUCAAGGCGACUUUCAGUACAUAGUCCUGUCGACCUCGAUCUCCAUCCACAGCUGUGCCUUAUAGAUGCCCCUGGGAGAGAUGGCUGCCCCUCACCACACUGGGCUCCUCCUCGCUCUCCUCACCCACCCACCUUUCAAUGCAAACUGCUUAGACAGCCUCACAAUGGUGGCAAAGUCUUCCCCAUGUCCGAGCCGCCCCAGAGGGUCCUGGGAUGGCCAGGUGCCCUGCUCUCCUCUCUCCCACCUUCCUUCCUCUGAUAGCCACAAGUUGCCUCCUUUUGGCAGCCUGUACAUUUUCCUUGUCCCUUUACCAUUCCUCGUCAGAGAGUGGUAUGCUGUGCUCAUCUGUACAACUACUUCUUUCUUUCGUGGUCCUCAGAGAAGAUAGUGCAGUCCCCAGAGGACUGGAGUUUUAACGUUGCCCAUUUUCUUGGAGAAUUCUCUGUACCCCUCCCACCUUGUUUCCCUUCCAGUUUCCUUGUUUUCGCUCUUAGCUUGAUUGCUUUGGCCUCUUCUCUCCUUUGGUGCUGCUGGGGCUUAAGGGAGGCUGCGGUAGACCACUACCCACUCCCUCUCCAACAGGGGGAGUGGUUCACUGCUGAGAGGACACAAAAUAGAGAAGAGGUGGGAAGUUCGGUCCCUUCCCAUCGGCCUUCCUCCUGUCCCCUUUGCAUCUGCCCUGGAUGUUUUCCCAUUUCAGCCUUUUUCCAUCCUUAAAUACUGUGCUACUUAACUGUAAGAAUGCAAGAGUAAUUAGAAUUAAUAAUAUUGAGUGAGGAGAAGAAUUCUUGUUCAACUCUAACUCUGUGCAAAUUAUACUAGGCCCCUGGCAUUCCAAUGCCACAAGUCCAGGACCUUCCAAAAUUCUGAACAUCAUGGCCAUGCUCAUCAGCCAGCCAGUGUCCAAUAUCUGCUCCAAGGUUUUGAGGUGAAGAUGUUCUUACCCACCAUGGUAAUUUUUUUUUUUUUAUGUCGUUAGCUCUUGUUUUCUCCUCACAAAUAUCAGGAGUUUGCUGUAUUUUCAAAAAAUAAUUUCUCAUGUAGUAUUUAUUCACUUUUGUAGCUGCUGUCUUUUCAAUAAAGGAAAUGUUCUCCCUUACAGCUGUUUCUUAUUAAAUAAACCAUGCAAAUGGA